CUCUCGCGCCGCCGCGGAACACAACACCGCACCACACUACCCAGCGGAAUCCGCCCACCCGCACCCGGAGCAGAGGAGAUAUGUCGCAGGGGAAGGGAGGAGCGUCGAGGAAGGAGGAGGUGGUCACCAGGGAGUACACCAUCAACCUCCACAAGCGCCUCCACGGCUGCACAUUCAAGAAGAAGGCACCCAACGCCAUCAAGGAGAUCAGGAAGUUUGCGCAGAAGGCCAUGGGCACCACGGACAUUAGGAUUGAUGUGAAGCUCAACAAGCACAUCUGGAGCAGCGGGAUCAGGAGCGUGCCGCGGAGGGUUCGUGUGAGGAUCGCCCGCAAGAGGAACGACGAGGAGGAUGCCAAGGAGGAGCUCUACUCCCUUGUCACCGUCGCGGAGAUCCCCGCCGAGGGCUUGAAAGGGCUGGGGACCAAGGUCGUUGACGAUACCGAUUAAGCUGUCGCGUUAUCUACAUCUUUAGAGAGUUCCUAGUUUGUAUUUGCAACAGCAAAACCUUUUGUAUUCACAAAGUUGUCUAUUUCCGCAACAGAAUUGCAUGGCUAGUUUUCUUUUCAUUGCUGCUGCAUCCUUUUCUUCAUUAUCGCCCCCUGGGAAGUCGCUGCUCAUGGGACAAGUUUGGAAAUCUCCAUGUGUGGUGUUUACGUUAUCAAGUUGUGUUCCUUGGAUAA